CCAUUGUUUACUCGGGUAAGUCCACCGUCCGUUGCGAUUGAUCUCAGCAUUAUGAUAUCUUCGCAAUCGAAAGCACGGUACCCUGCGUAUUGCCGUAUCUCGACGCGCGCCCUCGGGAGUGUCUCGAGUGACCGUUUUUCAUGGAAAGCCAAUGUAAAACGGCCUGAAAGAUAUCUACCAAAGAUGUGACAUCGUGUUUUCUAUGGUAUAUGAGCAGUCUCUGGCUUUUCAAGCAUUUGAGAACGUUCUUGGAAAUGAAUCCGGAGGUUGCUCUUCGUGCAGCAUCAUCUAAGUACCACAUAUGCGGGGUGAUCAAUUUUAAGCUUCCCGGAAUUUUUUAAAAUCUCCUGUUGCCGAUAACAUAGUUCUAGUCCUUUAAUUGGAUUAUUCGGAGAGGUGACAUUACUUCCACGAAAAAUUUAAACAUACACAGCUAAUUAAGGAAUAUUCACUAAUAGACUUCCUAAUCACGUUAAGGCACAUAUGGCAAUUUACGAAUCGUAGCCGGUGAGUUUGCAAGGUGUAUUCAUUUGGAAUUAAUUUCCUGAAUGAGACCAGAUAUGAGUCAUCAAACUCGCCGUAAAAAAUGCACCGUUGGUCCACCUAUUUUUUUUUUUAACAGAACGCUUUUUUAAUCCUUGAAGCACAAAAGUAACUGGAACGCCCAUGUAUUUCGUCUCACACUUAGGGAAAUAAUAUCGUGGGAGUGGCGUAAUCCUGGAAAUCCAUUUAAUGUGCGUACGUCUGGCAGGUUCUUGUAUAACGACUUUUUCCGCCUGUCAUACAAGUUCAAACAGAGUGGUUAAAACGGCGCAUAUAUUGCUACAAGUCACUGUCUGUAUGUUUCGUACACGUGCGCUAGUUCACACUUGACGGCGAAGUUUUGUGCAACAAAGGACACGCCACUGCAGCAGUUGAGCAUUUACUGAGAACGCGUUCUGCCACCGCGCGCGCGCAGCACGCACUCUCAACGACUUCGUGCUGCAUUACGAGCCGCUCGCGUACGAGCCCAUCAGCGUGGGCAGCAGGCGCUGGAAGCGCUCAGCCGCGCAACACAAGGCCCCGCGCCACGUCGAGCUUGCAUUCAGCUCCUACAAGAGAGAGUUCAGGCUGCGCCUCGAGAGGGACCCGUCCGCUUUCUCUGAAGACUUCAUCAUCGAGACGCAUCGAGGACCUGUACUGGACAGCCUGGAGCAUCUCUAUUCCGGUCAUGUUGUGGGGGCGCCUGACAGCCGCGUGGUGGGAUCGAUCAUAGGCGGCGUGUUCAGCGGCCGCAUCUCGCUGCCCCGCGAGGGCGAGGAGUUCUACGUGGAGCGCGCCGGCCAUUUCGUCCAGGACUCGGCCCCCUUCCACUCGCUCAUCUACUCGGCGCGGGACGUCAGCUUCGCCGGUGGACGUUGCGGCCUUCAUGGCGCCACCAAGGAUGCCAUGGACCGAAUACGGCGCCAAUACCGGCGGCACCAAUCUCAGCAACGCCGUCUAAAGCGUUCGGUGAUGGACCUCGACCUCGAAACAACGCCGAUGGCCAGCGCAAUUCGAAGGAAGGUUGCGGCCUAUGGUUCCGGCAUUCACGGUCGAAACCUCUCGAAGACGCCGUCCAACCGCAGUGGCGUCCUGGCUCCGGAGGGUACGCUUCGAAAGACGUACGUCCAGCGCGUGUGUAACCUCGAGAUCGCCGUGGACCACACGCUGUUCGAGGCAGUGGCCUCCUGGCAGGGAAACGAGCAUGACAAGAUUCUCAGGGCCCGCCAGGAGUUGACCAGCAUGGUGUCCAAGCACGUGAAGGCCGUCUCGGAGAUCUUUGGCGGCACAAACUUCAACGGUAUCACCGGCAUCGAGUUCGUGGUGCAGCGUCUCGUGAUCAACGACUCCAGCGUGUGCGAGGGACCGGCGAUGCGGACAAACCCCUUUUGCCAGGACAGCCUCGACGCUCCCCAUGCGCUGCACGAGCUGUCAAAGAUAAACCACGAUGGUUUCUGCGCUUCGUACCUGUGGACCCACCGGGACUUUCCCGGAGGAACGCUGGGCCUCGCCUACAUGGCUGAACCCGAUGGUUUCUCGGGCGGCAUAUGUGAGCAGUUCCAAUCCGGAGGCGGCAUAGUGGUCGACACUGGCACCACGGGCUACAUCGGUAGACUGAGCCUGAACACGGGCGUGGUCACCUUUCUCAACAAGAACAUGCGUGUGCCGCAGAGGGUCUCCGAAAUCACCUUUGCCCACGAGCUCGGUCAUAACUUCGGAGCACCGCACGACAUGCCUCCAGACUGUGUCCCCGACGGCACAGGCGGUAACUUCAUCAUGUUCGCCAGCGCCACGCGCGGCAACAAACCCAACAACCGGCGCUUCUCCAUAUGUAGCGUGCGCAACAUAUCGGCUGUCCUGAUGCAGAUGUUCUCGCAUCGCGGGUCCCGGCCCAACUGCCUGCAGGAGCCCCAAGGCCCCUUCUGCGGUAACUCCAUCCGCGAAAUGAACGAGGAGUGCGACUGCGGCUACGAGCGCCAGGACUGUGGUGCCGACGUGUGCUGUUACGCGCGCGAGCACGGAGAGAUCAACCGCAAGCCGUGCACGCUCAGGCCCGGAGCCGCUUGCAGUCCCAGUAACGGAGCGUGCUGCAGCAGCGACUGCCGCUUUCACAACACGUCUACGGCAUGCAGGCCUGAAGACGACUGCACCUUCGAGGCCUACUGCACCGGCACAAGCGGCGAGUGCCCUCCGUCCGACUGGAAGCCGGACGGCACGCUGUGCAAUCAUGCCACUCAGCUGUGCGACGCCGGCGAGUGCAGUCAGUCCGUUUGCCGCCUGUACAACCUGGUCGACUGCUACCUGACCGGGUCAUACCUGAGCAUGGAGGACAUGUGCCUCAUCGCCUGCAGAGAGAACGUGCCGGGAAGCGAAUGCAAGGAGGCGUGCAGCUUCGAGCGCAUGCGGGACUUCUGCGGCAGGCGCAUGCAGCCGGGCGCUCCGUGCUACGACCUGCAGGGAUACUGCGACGUUUUCCAAAAGUGCCACCUCAUCGACGCCCAGGGUUUGCUCUCCAGGCUCAAGCGACUCGUCUUCGGCGGCGAGGGCAUGGGCAGCGCACUUGUGCGCUACUGGUACCUGACGCUGGUGGCGGUCGUACUGGCGGGCGCGGCAACUGCCGUGUUCGUGCGAGUUUGCGCCGUGCACACGCCGAGCACCAACCCGCACCUGCCACCGGAGAGGACCGUCAUGUCGAGUGCGCGCCACCCGGUCGCCUUCAUCAAGGAUGUGACGCGCUUCUCGUGAAGGGAUACAGGAUUGGGAAACCCGCUCCGCAUCUCUGAAUAUUCAAGGCGCUAUAUUGGGUUGGAAAACAUCUCUUUCAGCGCCCUCCCCCCCCCCCUUUUUUUUUUUUUUUUGCCUGAGAAUCAGUCUCGAAUAACAAGCUGCUGUCCUCCAUCCCCCUCGCAGAAAACAACCGCAAACUAUAGAGGGACGACCAGCACUGAAAAUUUGAAUGAAUGCGCUAUGAAUUUAUUCUUGAGUUGGACUUGUCGCAAGUUCAGUGCUUACAAACGCCUUCUUAAGAUUCCGUGCUGUUGAAGAUGACUAAAAGGAUAUACUCAUACGUGCUGUAUAGGCGAAGAGAACGUAACAUAAAGCUAGUGCAACGGCAAUUUGAUUACCGGGGACAGCUUUUCUUCGUGGGAAAGACUGUGACUGAGAUUUCAAGCUUUUCUAACCUUUCCACUUGGGGGUCAAGUGAUUAUAUUUGCUUAACAUGCAUGGCUGUUUUUUCUUAACUGGGCAGUCUUCGGUAUAAAUAUACAAGAAAACGAAAGAGAGCAGAUGUAAAGACACGCAGUGUGCCAAUGUGUGCGGAUAUUUUGUUAUUUUGUUCGUUCGGUCGUAACUGAUUGCAUUCAAUGGGGCACAUGAACUUCAUGGUUUUAUGGAACCACUAAAUCAUAGCGCCGAACUAGAAACUUAGUCCUUGUUCAUUUGUAUAUCUACUGGUUUGUUAUCCACUACUUUUGCCAUAGGAAGAAAUCAAGACGAUCACUCAUUCUCACUUCGAAACGUCUAGUCGCUUGAUGAGCGGAAACAUGGUUAUGGGAGGAAAGCACCCACGUAUUGCCCUCUUUGCUCUUCCAGGAAUAUGACUGCCCGUACGCCGCAAUGUCAGUGUUUUAUGGAAUAAGCUGCUACGCGAGAAUAAACGCAGCAAAAUAAAAGGUAUUUGAAUAAU